AUGGCAGCCACCGUGUCUAAGACGGCAACGGACAUCGUGAACCAGCCCUUUACAAGUAUUGGAGAUUUGGUUCUUUGUAGUGAUCACGAUCUGAGUAUCCUCCGGAAAUGGAAUGAAAGAUUACCGAUAUGGCAUGAUGAAUGUGUUCACCGCGCCAUAUCGCAGCGGGUUCCAGAGAACCCAGGAAAGCCGGCUGUUACGCCGGAAAGAUUUGUGGCAUUAUACUUUGAAAAGUCAAAAUGGUUCAUUGUCGCCAUUCUAGGGGUUAUCAAGGCAGGUGGGGCCUACGUUCUUCUCGACCCGUCCUAUCCUCGGUCUCGAAUGCAACUCAUAUGUGAUGAACUUCGGGCAACGACUGUGCUCGCCAGCGUUGGUUUGGCUCCAGCCGCCCAGAAUUUGGCGAAGAACAUUGUGGCGGUAGGGGAAGAUGCAGAAUGUCUCCGUGAGCAACAAGAUGUGUCAAAUCUCAUCUCUGCAUGUCCUGAUAAUCCCUUGUAUGUGGUAUUCACGCCCGGCCCCACUGGGAAACCGAAAGGAAUUAUAAUGGAACAUGGAGCGUUUUGUAGUUGGGCCAGAACUACAGGGCAAUCGUUAUGCCUAGAUAGUCGUUCCCGAGUCCUCCAAUUCUCCAGUCAUGCAUUUCUUGUCAUUCAUCGCGAUGUCCUACUUACUCUCAUGUUUGGAGCAUGCAUUUGUGUGCCAUCUGAACCUGAUUGGGUCAACAACAUAGCACGAUUUAUGAUGGAAUAUCGCAUUAAUUGGGCCAACCUAACCCCAUCUGUGGCCGCUUUGCUCAGUCCAGAGAAGGUCCCUAAUCUGCAGACUCUGGUCUUUACUGGGGAGCCCAUGUCCCGUGCCAGUCUCCGAAUAUGGGCGAACAAAGUAAACGUGAAUAUGGCUGUGGACAAUCCGAAUAAUGUUGGGCGCGGGGUUGCAUCUGCAAUUUGGCUGGUCGACCCUCAGGACCAUGAUAAGCUUGUUCCAAUUGGGGCCAUUGGAGAGCUGGUUAUCGAGGGGACAGCUAUUGCACGAGGUUAUGUCAACAACACCGAAAAAAACACAAGAGUCGUUCCUCCGCGAUGCUGCAGAGGGUUCGCCCGGAAUAUCGAGGCCGCCGGCUUUACAAGAGCGGAGAACUUGCUCAGUUUACAGAUGACGGGACAGUUCGGUUUUUGGGCCGGAAGGACAACACUGUUAAAGUGCACGGCCAGCGUUUGGAAGUGGAGGAAGUCGAAUGGCACUGAACCUGGUCUCAUUGCCAAGCACAAAGGACGCAAAAUUGACAGUGUUUCUGGGAUUGAGCCCCACGAUCCAGGCGAUUGGGAAUGA